UGUGUAAUCAAGAACAAUCUAGAUAUAUCCAUCAACUUGUUAUUCUUCAACCAAUCCUUUUUCCUUUUUUAGCUAACAUAAUGCCUAUAUAUAUAGCUUCAUGGAAGGUCCAAUUUUCUCAGCAACAAAUCAAGCCUCACAUUCACUUGACAAACCUAUCAGUCUUCACAACUUCUUUUCACUUCUUAAUUUCUGAAGUUGUUUCAACAUGGAUAUGGUGAUGAAAUUGGGAGCAACAAGCGCGGUGGUGAUGUUCACCAAGAGUAGUUGUUGCAUUUCUCAUAGCAUCGAGACCCUAAUUCGUAGCUUUGGUGCAAACCCUACAGUUUAUGAGCUCGAUACACAUCCAAAUGGGAAGCAAAUGGAGAAGGCAUUGAUUGAAUUAGGGUGUCAACCAAGUGUGCCAGCAAUAUUUAUAGGGAAAGAGUUAGUUGGUGGUGCUAAUGAGAUAAUGAGCCUUAAUGUAAGAGGAAAACUUAAGCAAUUGCUCAUUAGGGCCAAUGCCAUUUGGAUAUAAAAAUUAAUCAAUAAUGAUCACUUAGUAACAAGUCUUAGGAGUUUUGACAAUAAAUCAACCCCAUUUGUAGAGUUUUUUCUCAGCCUCUUUGGAGGGUACGGUUGUGUUUUUACUUUUUACUCUUUCUCCCAUUUUAAAUUUUAAUUUGCUUCUUUAUGUAUAAAGAAAGUUAUAUAUACUUUGGUCAUAGAUAGUGGUGAAAGAAGUUAAUAACAAAUGAACAUCUUUAUGUAAUGCAUUUUACUGUAAAGUAUCAAUAAUAUCUUAUACUUUGGUCAUAGCUA